CCAGAGGCCCCAGAGUUUUUUAAUGCCUUUUAGUGUUAUUGCAUAUUCUUUGUUCAGGAACAACAGCGUCCAUAGAUUAAGUUACCGGAUUGCAUUUAUAACCAGUUGAGCGUUGUUUGCGGUUAGUUCAUAACACAACUGUAAACACGCCCAGCUUCAAAGUCUCCCUUUUUUUUCUUUUGUUCAGUUAAAUUCAAGCUGCUUAAAUCUGUCAUGGACAUUCAGCAGGUCGCUGCAAAAAAUCCUGCAAAAGACUAUGAUGACCUGUUUGAUGAUGACGAUGACAGACUGAUGGAUGAAGGACUGAGUGACACAAAGUCUCCAGCUAAGAAAGCCGUUGGCUGGGACGAUGACGAUGACGAUUUCCUGGUGCCUGCGACUGGGCGGGUGAAGAACAGAGGAGCGUUCCUGGAUGACGAGAACUCAUUAGACACAGGAUCACUGAAGCUUGGUCAGGACAAAUUGGGGGAAAAGGUGCUCAUAAUGGGGGUUGAAUCUCUUGUGCUUCUCAGUUUGCAGAGGAAGUAG